AGAUUUCAACAGCUAAAGUCAUUUAAGGACGUGCUUCCAUGUGUGUUAUGUUAGUGUGGAUGUGUGGAUGUGUGCCGGAGACAGGGUUGGUUCUUUCUUCAUAACUGUUAUACCGUGCACCACAAUGGACAGCAAAUAGCUCCUCAGCACCACAGAACAAGCUAUUACAAAAGUUGCACAUAUCCUGUACAGUCCUUGUCAUCCUUGCUGAACAAACCGGUCUCGAGAUGUCGCAGAAGUGGCAGAAGUAUUACGUGUUAACUGUCCUCCUGGUAACCAUUUUAACAUUAUACUUUAUCAAAGAACUCACAUCUACAAAAUCACUCUUGUCGGAUUAUCAACACAAAAUCAAUUGGUCUGAAUAUUAUGAGUCAAUCUUUCAAAAUUCGCAUGUAAAGUUGUUGCAAAAAUCAUAUCCAGGGGUAACCUGCAACACCAAAAACACGACAUUUAUAGAAAAUAUGGAUAUUGUGGCGAGCUAUAAGUUUAACGUCUCGUCCAAGUAUCUCCAAGAUUUGUCGCUCGACCAAAGUGGUGUUGAUAGACUUUCUACACCAUUGACUCAACCAGCAAAAUAUCCCACCUUUGUGACAGCCGCUUCAAGCAAUCAUUACAAGGAAUCGAUAGCCAUGAUUAAUAACUACCAUCGAUUAUUAGGUGUCCAUCCAGAUUUGAAGAUGAUUUAUUUUGACAUUGGUCUGUCCGCGCAACAACAUAGUGAGAUGAAAGAAUAUUGUAAAUGUGAAAUGCAAACUUUCGAUUUCGGAAAAUACCCUAAACAUGUUGCUAACCUAAAGGCGUACACAUGGAAACCAAUUAUUAUCCAGACAGUGUUGAAGGAUCAUGAUUUCGUCCUUUGGAUGGACGCUUCAAUAAGAUUUAUUGGAAAACCAUUAGAUAUGUUGUUCCGGCUUGCAAGACAAAGGGGAUUACAGUUUUUUCCCGGAGGUGGUGCAGUUAUGCAAAGAACAUCUGAAAUUACAUUUAAAUUCCUCAACGAAACGCCGUGUAUGUUUAAUUUUCCCGAAGCUGAAGCCACUACAUUUGUUAUCAGCAGAAAUAGGUUUACUAUGGAGUACUUUAUGAAACCGCUUGUUUUGUGUGCUCUCUCUUGGAACUGUAUGACGUACCAGAACAGUAAUGCUGACUUACACUGUCCAGGAAAGCGUAAAGUUCAUGAUUGUCAUAGAUUUGACCAAACUAUGAUGGGAAUCUUGACUACUCGACUUUUUCGUGAGAAGAGGAGACUUGUACAAUUUGAUCUCAAACCUGUACACACAGUUAAACGAGGAACCCAAGGUACAAUAAAUAAAUCGCCACCGACGAUCAAGAAGGGGUGAUCAGGCACCCAAAUCAACUUUGUGACGUGUCGGAUUGUACUGACCGUUAACCCCUAAUUAAUAACUGUGACAAAUGCAUAGAUCCGCGAUCUCAUUUCAAACAUUAUGCAUGACAAUUAGUUAUUACAUAUGUCAUGCAUGUAAUACGUACAAUUCUUUUUCUUUCUUUUUGUGGAAGUUAAAGGUACAAACGCAAGCUUGGUCAUAUACAAAAUAUGUAUGGGGAAACUGCACUGAUGUAAGGAACACCAAAUUAACAUAAAUUCAAAUAAGUGCACCGAUCUUCAAAUAAUUGAAGAUAUGUACAAUUUCAAUCAAAGAUAGGUUCAAAUAUGACAAUUCAGUCUAUCUUCAAUUAAUUGUAUCCGUCUUCAAUUGAAUUUGAUCUUUCUUCAAUUAAUUGUACCUGUCUUUAAAUAAUUGAGGGAUAGGUACAAGUAUUUGAAUAUAUGUUAAUUUAGCGUUCUAUACUGAUGGGGUAGAACUUAGAGGACAUCUUUAUUUAUUUCUAAAAGAAAAAAAGAAAAGAAAAAAACGAAAUAAUGAGAAAUAGUGAUAACAAAGUUAAAUAAUCAACCUGAUACGAAUUAAAAUGGUAAAUGCUGCUACGUAUACCCUGGAAGGUGAAACACGUGGGUGCUUACACUGAGUAACCAACCUCACAAAACAAUUCAGCAACAUGCCGUGACAUAUACGACACGUUGAUUAUAAAUAAACAUUACAACACUUUCUGUUACUUACAUACAUUCUUCAAUGCACAUCCACACAAUACAUCAGGAAACGUAAACACGUCCAGAAACACAGAGCAUCUAAUUCCGAACACAUGUAGACCGCCAUUAUCAUACAGUAAGUAAACAACAAACAUUAACACGACACAUUUAGUUUCCGGAUCGAAUCACUUAUUUUGAAUAAUUGCAUUGCAACUAAGAUUACUUGUUUAAAAGUAGGGCCUACAGGGAGUUUCCUUACGAUAAUAAGUAUAAUAAUACAAAAUGGAUUGAGGUAAGUGUGUGUGUAAACCGGAUGCGAAAAAAAUGAGAUAUUAUUAGAUACACACUUAGACUUGCCCCUGUCUCUAUAAUGUAAUAUAGAUAUUGAAUUAUUAAAAAAAACUCUAAUAAUUGUGUACAUUUAGAUGUCUGAUUCUAAAUGUUCCAAAAGUUCUAAACUAGGUGGAGAUAAGCUAUACAACAUCAACUACACAUUGUCAGAGGGUGAAGUUAAGGAGAAGCCAAUGUACUCUCUUGUAGCUAUUAGGAACUUCUUUAAGAAUUCCCUUAAAAUACACGAUGACGUCGUAGCACAGAUGUUGUUUCAAGCGGUACACAGGUUACCUAAUGGCCCCAUAGGCAAGCGGAACAUUAUUGUUAGAUUCCUGUCACUUAUGGACCGAGAUUUCGUCCUCAACCAAGCAUUGUCGGUACUUGAGCCCAAGUCAGGUUUUGCUGUCGUUCCGGAUCUUCCAUUUUCUCUUGCCAAUCUGCGAUAUGAACUUCUUGGAGAACGGAGGCAGAUGAGACAAGAGGAACGGUCAAAAUAUAAACUUAUCUACUUGAAAGAAGCGCCAUUCCUGAAGCUGGUUAAAAAGAGGUAGAUAUGGGGACCGAGAAAAUAUGUAUGGACUUAAAUUGUAACAAACUUUGUGUGGCAAAAUGUAUGAAAUAAACUUGUCUAUGUCUAUGUUAAACACCUUCUAUUUCAAUUAUCUUAGAUUGCAUUCCGAUUGGCAAAUUCAUGUCGCUAAGCACUUUUUACAAUCGGGCCCUUGCAUUUGAGGCAAAAAUAAUGUUUCGGUAACUUUUUUUUCAUAACACUAAACAAUGGUUAAUGGUUUGUAAUUCACGGUAUUGAAGUGAAGCGUGAUCACGACAAAUGAUAACGGAGAUAAAAGGUGUUUCAUAUCACAUGUAUCUAUUUCAUAACAUGCUCUAAUGAUAUAUUCCUACGAGCAAGCGCCCAUGGUGUGACUCGAGAUAUGCUGAUUACCUGUGUACAGGUAAGUCGGGGAUGUAUAAAGCGCACAUGCUCAUGGCUCUCUGUUAGUGUAUACACGUAACUACUAAAAAUACAUUCUCAAAAUAUUUCUCGCAAAGAAACGGUCGUUAAUGUAAAUUGUGUUAUAUGAUCAUAUAUUGAUGCAUUAUGUCCGGUCAAUGUGUUAACACACUCAACGCAAACGUAGAUACACCCUGAUAAUUUACACAAACAGUUUUUGUUUGUUUUGCUUUUGCUUGUUAUGGUUUGGGUGUAGCUGCGUUUGUCGGGCUGUAUGCUAUAUAAAUAGGGUAAAAGACAUCUUUGAGGCCAAGUACUGUGGAACGCUUUCAUGCCACGUAGUCUUAAGAUAUAGUUAAGAUGUAUCAUUUGAAUCUUCUAAACGCUAACGUCAAAGCUACAAAACUGAACGUGCAGUAAGUGUGCGUUUUUCUCACAGUGUUUAACUGAUCGUAGAUGAAAUAAAAAUGAGAUAAAAGUGGGAUGAGGACGUUUCACAGUACAUCGUGUAAAUAUAGUUUCGUUCAAGCUUUUCCCUUUUGGAACGUGGAAAUUCAACAAUGCAUUGCUGCAUUAUAGGAAUUAUAUUGAAAAUGUUAAAAGUGUAAUAAACAAAGUUCUUAAUGAUUAUGCAAUCGGUGAAAUAAUAGAUAACAAUUUUGACAAUGCAAGUUUUUCAGUAAAUGAUCAACUCCUGUGGGAAGUUAUCAAAUUGACUAUAAGGGGAAAAACUAUAGCAUAUGCAAGUUGGAAAAAUAAGACAAAGAAAUUGGAAUCAGAAAUUUUGAAAUUACAAACCGACCCGUUGAUUUUUGAAAAUCAAGAAACCUUAAAUAUUCUGGAAGCAAAAGAAUUGGAACUAUAUAAUUUCUAGGAAGAACGAAUACGGGGACUGAUGAUCAGAGCAAAGGCUAGGUGGAAUAUGGAAGGGGAAAAGUGCACAAAAUAUUGUUGUCAUUUAGAACAAAGAAAUUAUACCGAAAUACUGAUUCCAAAAUUAGUUGGCAAUGACGGUUCCCAAAUUACUAAUAUUAAAAGAAUCUUAGAAGAACAGAGAUUGUUUUACAAAAACCUCUAUAACUCCAUUAAUCCAAAUAUAACUGGUAUUCAAAAGAAUACUUUUUUUUGUAAUGAUAAUCCAUUUAUUAAUAAACUUUCAGACAAAGAAAAAGAUCUUUGUGAAAGUGAAGUCACUGAAUCAGAAUGUGCAAAAGCUCUCUUUAAAAUGAAGAACUCUAAAUCUCCGGGUCUGGAUGGCUUUACAGUUGAAUUUUUUUUGGAAAAAUUUAAAACGUUUUCUUAUUAAUUCAAUUACUUAUAGUUUCGAAAAUAAACAAUUAUCCAUUACUCAAAAACAGGGAGUAAUAACCUGCUUACCAAAACCAAACAAAGCAAAAGAUUUUUUAAAGAACAGGCGCCCAAUUUCGCUACUGAAUGUAGAUUAUAAAAUUAUUACCAGUGUAUUGGCAAACAGAUUAAAAUCAGAUUUAAAUAACAUCAUCAGCGACACACAAAAGGGUUUUCUUAAAGGAAGAUACAUAGGCGAAUGCACAAGAAUUAUUUAUGAUUUAAUCGAGAAAACAGAUUAGAAAGAUAUAUCUGGAAUAUUACUUUUAAUUGAUUUUGAAAAGGCCUUUGAUACGGUGGAAUGGGAUUUUCUCGAUAAAACUUUAGACUUCUUUGGUUUUGGUAGCAAUUUUAAUAAAUAACGGAUUUUGCUGAAUUUUUUUCCCGAUCAAAAGAGGUGUGCGUCAGGGUGACCCUCUGUCGCCAUAUUUGUUUAUCAUGGUAGUAGAAAUACUAAGUGCUACAUUAAAAUUUUCUCCAGAUAUUAAUGGCAUUAAAAUAGGUGAAACAGAAAUUCUUGCGAGUCAGUAGGCGGACGAUUUUACUAUUAGUCUUGAAGAUGAUGAUACUGUAUUGAAAACAACUUUAGAUAUUUUAGAUGCAUUUGGCAAAUGUUCUGGUCUUAGAGCAAACUACGAUAAAACGGAGGCAAUAUGGCAAGGUAGGAAAAAGGGUAGCCACGAAAAAAUAUGUGCUGAAAGAAAAUUAAAAUGGAAUUUUACCGGAAAAUUUAAACUCCUUGGUAUCAAGUACGACCUUAGUAAAACUGAUACAACUUUUGUUAAUUAUUAUGAUAAAUAGCGGAAGUUACUCGUAUUCUGAAAAACUGGUCGCUUAUAAAUCUUACCAUAGCUGGAAAAAUAACCGUUGUUAAGUCACUUGCUAUCCCUAUUCUCGUGCAAUUAUUUACAGUUUUACCAAAUCCACCGUACCAUAUUGUUCAACAAAUAGAACAUAUCUGUUUUAAUUUUAUAUGGAAUGAUAAAAAAGACAAACUAAGAGAACUACGUUAAAAAAUAGUUACGAAAACGGUGGAAUGAAAAUGAUAGACAUAGAAAGUUUUAUUAAAGCUUUAAAAUUUACUUGGAUAAAGAAAUUUCUCGAUCCUUAAAAUACAUCUCCCUGGAAACUACUUCUGUUAGAUCAAUUAAAAAAAUAUGGAAACUUAAACAUUCUCUCUAAUGUUAAAAAAGAUAUGACAAAAAUUGUUGAAAACUUCAACGGCUUCUGGAGAGAUGUGUUUUUAGCUUGGGGUACGUAAUUUUAGGACAUGAAAAUGCAGCCAAUUUGGUUUAAUCACAAUAUAAAAAUAGAUAAUAACAUUGCAAGAACGGGGUAUAAAUAAGGUAUCAGAUUUAUUUGAAAACGAUGGCAACAUUAUGACCUUUCGAAAAUUUCAAGAAAACUUUAAUUUUCCGGACAUGAACAGAAUCCGUUUUUAUGGUGUUAUUACAGCCAUCCCAGGGUCGUGGAAAAGGUCAAUUCGUAAUCGGGGCAGUAAUAAUACUAGAGAUAAAGAAAAUAUCACGCUUAUAAGAACGUUGACGAAACCCAUCAAUACAUUUUAUUCAAAAUUAGUUUCUACAAUUUUAACUAAAAACCAAAAAGUAAUGGAAAAAUGGUCUCAAGACAUUACAAAUUUAGAUAUUAACUGGAAAUUUAUUUACUCGAUACCAAGGAGUUGCACUCAUGAUGUCAUUUUACAAAAUGUUCAGUUUAAAAUCUAUCACAGAAUACUAUGGACAAAUACGCUUCUGUUUAAAUUUGGUAUAAAAGAUGAUUAAAAAUGUACUUUCUGUAACUAUGAAGAUGAAGAUAUGUAUCAUCUUUUAUGACAAUGUAUUCAUGUGUGCACUAUUUGGAGAACUUUUUCAGACUUACUACAUGUAAAAUGUAAUAUAGAAAUUGAAAUAAGUACAAAGGACGCCAUCUUAAGUUACUCCGGCGAAAACAAUAACACAUUGCUAAAUUUCGGCUUUUUGAUAAUAAGACGUUUCAUAUAUAUCUGUAAAUGUAAGUCUAGUCUACCGUCAAUAGAAGGUGUCUUAAUAUUUUUAAAACACCAUCGAAAAAUUGAAUAUUUAGCUUACAAAAUAGACAGAUCAAAACAAGUUCACGAAGUAACUGAAAAAUGGCGCCCAUUUGAACAGUUAUUUAACUAAUUAGCAAUUACCUGAAACAAGAAAAAGA